GUCCAGCACGCUCCAGCGUACCACAAGCCGCGCAUCCAAGCUAGUCCUAGAUAUAGCACACUAGUUGCUGGGCAGCAGCAGGAAGUCGCAGCGUUGCGUGAUGAAGAACAACCCGAGCUUCGAGAACACGUGCAGCGCCGCCGCCGGCGGGUCCGGCUCUGGCUCCUUCAACGUCCGGAACCUGUCCAAGGUCAUCCUCCCGCCGCUCGGCGGGCCGUCCGGCCAGAGCCAGUCCCAUGGCGGGUCGGACAAGUGGGUCAUCUCGCCGCUCGACUCCAGAUACAGGUGGUGGGACACGUUGAUGGUAGUCCUGGUGGCGUACUCGGCGUGGGUGUACCCGUUCGAGGUGGCCUUCAUGAACGCGUCCCCGAAGGGCGGGCUGGAGGUGGCGGACAUGGUCGUGGACCUCUUCUUCGCCGUCGACAUCGUGCUCACCUUCUUCGUCGCCUACAUCGACCCCAGGACCCAGCUGCUCGUCCGCGACAGGAAGAAGAUAACCCUCAGGUACCUGUCGACGUUCUUCAUCAUGGACGUGGCAUCGACGAUCCCGUUCCAGAGCCUUGCCUACCUCAUCACCGGCGAGGUCAGGGAGAACGCCGCGUACAGCAUGCUGGGCGUCCUACGCCUCUGGCGGCUCCGCAGGGUCAAGCAGUUGUUCACCAGGCUCGAGAAAGACAUCCGCUUCAGCUACUUCUGGAUCCGCAGCGCGCGUCUAAUCGCGGUGACCUUGUUCCUGGUCCACUGCGCCGGGUGCCUGUACUACCUGAUCGCCGACCGGUACCCGGACAGGGAGAAGACGUGGAUCGGCGCGGUGAACCCCAACUUCCGGCAGGCUAGUCUGCGGAUCCGCUACAUCUCCUCCGUCUACUGGUCCAUCACCACCAUGACCACAGUCGGCUACGGCGACCUGCACGCCCAGAACACCGUCGAGAUGAUCUUCAACAUAUUCUACAUGCUCUUCAACCUCGGGCUCACCGCCUACCUCAUCGGCAACAUGACCAACCUCGUCGUCGAGGGCACCCGCCGCACUAUGGAGUUUAGGAACAGCGUAAGGACAGCGUCGAGUUUCGUGGGCCGGAACCACCUGCCGCCGCGGCUGAAGCAGCAGAUCCUGGCCUACAUGUGCCUCAAGUUCAGGGCGGAGAGCCUGAACCAGCAGCAGCUCAUGGACCAGCUGCCCAAGUCCAUCUGCAAGAGCAUCUGCGAGCACCUCUUCGUGCCGGUCGUCAAGGAUGUCUACCUGUUCAAGGGUGUCUCAAGGGAAAUGCUGCUGUCCCUGGCCACCAAGAUGAAGCCGGAGUACAUCCCGCCCAAGGAAGACGUGAUCGUGCAGAACGAGGCUCCGGACGACGUGUACGUCGUCGUCUCUGGCGAGGUGGAGGUCGUACUGUUCGACGGCGUCGACGAGCGGGUGGAGGCGACGCUGGGGACGCGCAACAUCUUCGGCGAGGUGAGCGCGCUGAGCGACCGGCCGCAGGCGCCCUUCACGUUCCGGACGAGGACGCUGAGCCAGCUGCUGCGGCUGAAGCAGGCCACGCUCAAGGAGGCCAUGCAGAGCUGGCCCGACGACAGCGUCAUCAUCAUCAAGAAUUACGUCAAGCAUCAGGUCGAGAUGCAUGGCAUGAAAGCCGAUGACUCGCUGGGAGACAACACUAGCGAGCACGACGACGACGCGAAUGUGCUCACAGUCGCCGCGAUGGGAAACAGCGGCUUACUCGAAGACCUCCUCAGGGCAGGGAAGGACGCUGACGUCGGUGACGCCAUGGGCAGAACAGCAUUGCACAUCGCGGCGUCUAAGGGGUACGAGGACUGCGUGCUGGUGCUGCUCAAGCACGCGUGCAACGCCAACAUCAGGGACGCGCAGGGCAACACGGCGAUGUGGAACGCCAUCGCGGCGGGGCACCACAAGAUCUUCAACAUCCUGUACCACUCCGCGCGCGCGUCGAACCCUCACGCCGGCGGAGACGUCAUGUGCCUCGCCACGCGGCGCGGCGACCUCGACGCGCUCCGGGAGCUCCUCAAGCUCGGCCUUGACGUGGACUCGGAGGACCACGAUGGCGCCACUGCGCUGCGCGUCGCGAUGGCCGAGGGCCACGCGGACGCGGCAAGGUUCCUGAUCACGAACGGGGCCAGCGUGGACAAGGCGAGCCUCGACGACGACGGCUCCGGCUCCGGCGCCGCGCGGCUUACAAUGUCGCCGACAGAGCUGCACGAGCUGCUGCAGAAGCGGGAGCUCGUCCACUCGAUAACCAUCACUGACUCGCCACCGGUGGUCCCGGACGGCGGCUCGUCGGGGCACAGCCGUCCGGGCAGAUUACAGAGCACAGGCUCGGACAACACGCGCUGGCCUCGGGUGAGCAUAUACAGGGGCCACCCGUUCCUCAGAAACCGCAGCUCUGAAGCUGGCAAGCUGAUCAAUCUGCCAGCCACCAUGGAAGAAUUCAUAGCCGUCGUCGGUGAGAAAUUGAAGGUUGAUACGGAGAAGGCGCUGAUUGUGAACGACGAAGGAGCGGAGGUCGACUCGAUCGACGUGAUCCGGGACAACGACAAGCUGUUCGUGGUCACCGAAGAAGAUCUGACGCGGCUGGCACCAAUGGACUCGGUGCCUUCGUCAUAGCAUUUGUAGAUUCAGGUUUUUCCGUAGCAAGUCACACGGUAGAUGUGCACCCAACUAACAAAAUGUGUAUUCCUCGGGGUCUCAAGAUAGUCAAUAUUUCAUGUUUUUAAAUACAACUUUUUAAAUUUUGAUCGAAUAUAUACAGAAAUACUAAACUUUAUGGU